GUCUCCUCUGUCCUCCCCGGGAUCUGUAGCUGCAGGCUCGGCUCACCUCGUCAGGAGCAAGGGUGCACGCAGUCCUUCCACACAUUUUACUGCGAGAAAACAACUAUGCAUGCACCUGACAGACAGACAUUUUCAAGGCUAUGUGUACACAUCUGAAAGUAGAGCGGGGAUUUGCCUGGGCAGGGGCUGAAGCACACGUGACAACGUGACGUAGGCUACAGCAGUCCCUCCUCCUGUCACAAGAUGGCGACAUAAAUAGACAUAAAAAGAAAAGACCAUACUGACAUUUUCCCAGUGGUGUAAACAGUUGGUGCAGGAAGCAGGAUGAAAUCGUCGUGCUGUUGCCAUGGGAACCACAGUCAGCUCGAGUCUGGUCAGGCGCACCGUGAGUUCCUCCGGUGAAACAGUACCGGCUUCAACGGAGAUUAUACACCCGUGAACCUCAGCAGUGCAUAUCCUAAACCAUGAAGCAGAGCAAAAGCAGAGGUUCCUCAGAAGAAUAAGACCAAUGUUGGUAUGAAGACCACCAAAUCCAAACAACCUUUCCAUCUGGCUACUGAUAGACGCUACACAACAUGCCCAGACAGUGCAGGGGAAACAGAAGGUCUGUCGAAGGAUCAGAAAGUCACAGCUUUUAUCCAGAAAUACACCCAAGAUGAAGGCAAAGGCCUGCAAGCAACGGCAGGUACACCUCCCGAGGGCAAAGUCCCCCGCAGUUUUGUCAGCUUACCUGUUCUCAAUCCAGAGAGACUGAAGACAGCCAGAGCUCAGGUGAACAAAGCUGUCAGGAUGCAUAAGGUGUUCUCUGUCCAGGGCCCCUACCCUGUCAUUAGGACAGCGCUGAGGGCCAGAGGCUGGGUGGAGCAGCGUUUGCACUGCCCAAAGCCCAAAGUUCACCAUCGUCACAGCGAGGAGGGCAGCCCUAAAGAUUCUGCUGACAGCGAUGAAGAUGACGACAAUGUCAACAAAGAGCCAGACCCUGAUGGAAUAUAUGAUAUCAUGUCUCGCCUGGUACGGAAUGAAAUGGUUUAUUUCUAUUGGACGAUGCGUAGAGACGCCAUCAACCCCAACAGCUUGCAAAAAGAACAGAUUAUCAAUCAUUUUGUAAAAGCAGGCAGCUUCACCACCAAGUCGGGGUUGUGUGUGAACCUGAGGAAGCUGCACUGGUUUGACGCCGCUGACCCGGACACAUUCUUUCCACGCUGUUACAGACUGGCAGCACAGGAUGAAAAGCAUUCGUUCAUUGAGGACUACAGGAGGACAGCCUGCACCAGUUUUUUGAAGUACAUUGUGGAGAGGGAGGAAGGCGUUCAGACAGAAGGAACGAGCCACAACACUCGGGCUGCGAGGAAGCGAAGCAAACAGCGAUCCAGACCAAUGGACCUUUCCAAAAUGAUUACCAGCGCUCUCAAAGUAUGCCAGGAGUUUCUGGAGAGUCUGGAGCAUUGUGACAUAGACAGAAACCUAGAGACCCCACUUACAGAGGAGCAGUGGGAAGAGUUUAUCCACAGUUACCAACUUGUUGUUCAUGGAGGGGAAAAGAUCGAGAACAGUGAUAUUUUUGUGCACUGCUGCAAAGCCAUGCUAGAGAGGCUGGUGGAGGUCAGUCCACAGCUGGACAUCGACGGCAUACACAACAUCUGGAUCAUCAAACCGGGAGCCAUGUCCAGGGGCAGAGGCAUCAAAUGUGCCAAGCAUCUGGAUCAGAUCCUCCAGCUGGUGGAUGGAGAUUCAACCCUAAUCAAGGAAAGUAAGUGGGUGGUGCAGAAGUACCUGGAGCGCCCCCUGCUGGUCCAUGGCACCAAGUUUGACCUGCGCCAAUGGUUCCUGGUCACCGACUGGAACCCUUUGACUGUGUGGUUCUACAAAAAGUGCUACGUGCGCUUCUCUACGCAGCCUUACUCGCUCAAUACAAUGGACAACUCUGUCCACCUGUGCAAUAACUCCAUCCAAAAGCACCUGAUACCCUCCCAGCAGCGCCACCACGGUAUUCCAGCAGACAACAUGUGGUCUGAUGAUCAGUUCAAGACCUUCCUGUGCAGCCAGGGGAGGGGAGCUCAGUGGCAGACGAUGGUGGUCCCCGGGAUGAAGAAGGCUGUGAUCCACGCUUUACAGACAACACAGGAUCUGAUGGAGUCACGCAAAAACACCUUUGAGCUGUACGGUGCUGACUUCAUGCUAGGCCAUGACCUGCGCCCCUGGUUGAUAGAACUCAAUGCCAGUCCCACGAUGGCUCACUCCACCCCGGUGACGGCCCGCCUCUGUUCUGCUGUGCAGGAAGACACAAUACGAGUCGUCCUGGACCGGAGAGCGGACCGCACUGCAAACACCGGGGACUUCCAGCUCAUAUACAAGCAGGCAGCAGUAGACGUGCCACAGUAUGUAGGAGUCAACCUGCUUGUUGAGGGCAACAAGAUCAGGUCUCCCUGCACACUUCCUCCACUGAACCGUCCAGGAUUAAAACGCCGCAGCAGAGAGAAGGAGCCUGUGGUAGAAAAAGUCAAGCCUCUACCUAAGAUGUUGUUGAAGAAUCAGUUCAAAAACAUCAGCAGUGGGAUUUCUACUCCACCUCGUACUACUCUUCCUCCUGAUCCGCCUGUGCCUGUCACUAAUAAAGGCUUCCCAGUUCAGCUGCCAAUAACCGUGAGGACCAUCCAACUGCCCGUUAAUAUCCAGUCUCGCUCUGUCCUUUUGUGGAAGAGGAAACGAGUGGUUCAAAAAGUCUGUUCACAGAAAUUCCAACCCUGUACAUUAAAGAACGGCCGGGUUCUUUCUUUGUCUUUAGAGAUUAUUCCAAAACAGCCCAGACAAACAGCCACCAGCUCCUCGAGUGCAUGAAAAAACUUGACCAAAUAAUUCACACACUCCUACAGCUUCAACUUUUCUUUUGCAGGGUUGUAUGGCCUACCUCAUAAUAAAGAUGACAUUCAAUAACUAA